GGCGCUGGGGACACGCCGUUCUGACAGGCUGAGCUAACUUUUGGCAUUUCUGGCAAAGCAGAAAACAUGUCGGAGACUGCUCCCGUGGCUCCCGCCGCCCCCGCCCCUGCGGAGAAGAGUCCACUGCAGAAGCAAGCGAAGACAGGCGGGGCCGGUGGGAGGACGCCGGCCCUGUCGUUGUCGAAGCUGAUCACGGAAGCUCUGUCCGCGUCGCAGGAGCGAGCUGGCAUGUCGCUGGCCGCGCUCAAGAAGGCGCUGGCGGCCGCGGGCUACGACGUGGAGAAGAACAACAGCCGCAUCAAGCUGGGCCUCAAGAGCCUGGUGAGCAAGGGCACCCUGGUGCAGACCAAGGGCACCGGCGCCUCGGGCUCCUUCAAGCUCAACAAGAAGGCGGCCUCCGGGGAGGCCAAGCCCAAGGCCAAGAAGGCGGGCGCGGCCAAGGCCAAGAAGCCCGCCGGGGCCGCCAAGAAGCCCAAGAAGGCGACGGGCGCGGCCACCCCCAAGAAGAGCGCCAAGAAGACCCCGAAGAAGGCCAAGAAGCCGGCAGCAGCAGCUGGGGCAAAGAAGGUGGCCAAGAGUCCAAAGAAGGCGAAGGCUGCCAAGCCCAAGAAGGCCGCCAAGAGCCCCGCCAAGGCCAAAGCCCCCAAGCCCAAGGCCCCCAAGCCCAAGGCUGCCAAGCCCAAGGUGACCAAGGCGAAGAAGGCGGCCCCUAAGAAGAAGUGAAGGAGCAGCCGCCCGUCCUGCUUUCAAACCUCAAAGGCUCUUUUCAGAGCCACCCAGAGAUCUCGGUUAAAAGAGCUGAGCUGCCUUUGCGAUCCAGGAACCGGCUUCUCGGGGAUGAGAAGAUGUUUCUUCCUUCCACUGUCUCUGAGAUUUGUGCAGCAGCGAAGUCUAUCACAGCGAGCCUCCUGGGAUGAGGACGGCUGUGGUCUCAGCAUGGAAGGUGUGGAUGACAUGUCCACAUUCUCUUACGAGACAGUCAUUUCAGAACAAGUCUUGCAUCUCCCUGUGCUAAGCGCUUGCCUGGCUCCUUUGAAGUACAGGAGGCGCAGUGAGUUCGUGGAUCCACUGAGCGGAGGAGGCGAGGGACUUCAUGGAUCCAGUGAGUGGAGGAGGCGCAGUGAGUUGGAUCCAGUGAGCGGCGGUCCUCCUGUCCCUGUCACUCAUCACUGAAUCAGGCUGAUUUUACUGUUCAGAGACACUGACAUUCUUCCAAUUCUAUCCUCACACCGCAGGGCUGGAAUGAUUCAAGCGCUUUCCCACCAGCUUCCUAACUACUUUCUCCAGCCUAGAGUCAUUACGUUUUGUAAAAACAAGACGAGACAAAACAAUUCUGCAAAAGGAAAACAGAACACACCUUAUUAAAAAGGCCAGCGGUGCUUCGUUUGCAAGGCUCAGGUGCACUCUGGAUCCCGUUUUCCUAAUACUUUGUGCUCACGCUAACAGGCACUAAAAGCUACGAGAAGCACCCUGUUCUGUUUUUUUUUUUUUUUUUCGUUUUGCUCACCUGCAGUUCCUGUGAGAGUGUGUACAGUGAGUGCUUUCAAUUCCAUGUCAGGGUUCAUCUCUGUGAGCAAAUUUCCCUAUUAAACUCCGAUAUUGUGCUUUUAUGGCA